AGACCAGCUGAAUAUAUAUUGUAUUUUUUUCCUUCAAGCUUUGCGUAGAAAACAGUCGCCACGAUGUUUGAGGAGGCUAGUGAAGUGUUUGAUAACAUGUUUAAAUCAUCGUUUCCCCUCACCUUCAUCGUGUUUAUCCCCGCGGUUCUGAUCCUGGUGUCUCCGCUGCCGGCCGAGGCGGCACAUGAGUUCACGGUGUAUCGCAUGCAGCAGUACGACCUGCAGGGGCAGCCCUACGGUACCAGAAAUGCCAUCCUGAACACUGAGGCCCGUACUGUGGAGGCAGAGGUACUAAGUCGCCGCUGUGUUAUCAUGCGGCUGGCGGACUUCUCUUAUGAAGAGUACCAGAAAGCCUUGCGACAGUCAGCUGGUGCUGUUGUCAUCAUCCUGCCCAAGAACAUGUCUGCUGUUCCCCAGGACAUAGUACAGCAGUUCAUGGAGCUUGAGCCUGAGAUGUUAGCUACUGAGACCAUCGUCCCCGUCUACUUUGCCAUGGAGGAUGAUGAGCUGCUGUCCAUCUACACCCAAACCUUGACCUCCUCCUCGUCACAGGGCUCCUUAUCAGCAGCUGAAGUGCUGCUGCAUACGGCCACAGCUAACGGCUUCCAGAUGGUGACCAGUGGAGCGCAGAGUAAAGCCAUCAGUGACUGGGCCAUCACAAGUUUAGAGGGUCGUCUGGCUGGCGUUGGAGGAGAGGACUUGCCCACUAUUGUUGUGGUUGCUCACUACGACUCCUUUGGUGUCGCUCCAUGGCUUUCGUAUGGAGCGGACUCAAACGGCAGUGGAGUGUCCAUGUUACUAGAGCUGGCUCGUCUCUUUUCCAAACUUUACACCUACAAGAGAACACACGCUGCGUACAACCUGCUGUUCUUUGUAUCUGGAGGAGGAAAGUUUAACUACCAGGGCACCAAACGUUGGCUGGAAGACAAUCUUGACCAUACAGACUCCAGUCUGCUGCAGGACAACGUAGCCUUCGUGUUGUGUUUGGACACUCUGGGGAACGGGGACUCCAUGCACCUCCAUGUGUCCAAACCCCCUAAAGAGGGAACUCCUCAGUAUUCCCUGCUCAAGGAGCUGGAGAUGGUGGUCUCCAGUCAGUACCCAGAGGUCAAGUUCUCCAUGGUCCACAAGAAAAUUAACCUAGCAGACGACAUGCUGGCCUGGGAACACGAGCGCUUCGGGAUCCGUCGGCUUCCAGCCUUCACGUUGUCCCACCUGCCAUCCCAUCGCCUGGCUCAGCGCUCCAGCAUCAUGGACGUGCGGUCAGUGUCCCCCUCCUCUCGCCACGGAGCGGGAGAGCCCCCUGCUGGGCCUCAUGUAGAUGUGAAGAAACUCAGCAGGAACACCAAGUUGGUAGCAGAAGCCCUGGCACGUGUCAUAUACAACCUCACUGAGAAGGGGGCGCCUGGAGACCUGAAGAUCUUCACUGAACAGAUGCAGGUGCAGGAGGAGCAGCUCUCAGCGGUGGUGGACUGGCUCACAGCACAGCCCCGAGCCGCUCAGCUGGUGGACAAAGACAGCAGUGUGGUGUCCACUCUGGAGUAUCACCUCGGACACUACCUCAAAGACGUCAAGAGACACUAUGUCAAAGCCGACAAAAGGGAUCCAGAGUUUGUAUUCUACGACCAGCUAAAGCAGACAAUGAAUGCUUACAGAGUGAAGCCUGCUAUUUUUGACUUGCUGCUGGCAGUCUGCAUUGCAGCAUACUUGGGGAUGAUGUAUCUGGCCAUCCAGAACUUCGGCAUCCUGUACAGUGUCGUCCGCAGAAUCACCCAACCCAAAACAAAGACCCAUUAAGGUGUACAACACAGUUUUCCAGAUCUCACCCUUUUCCUCCAGUCGAGACACUUUAGCCAGUAAGAACACGUGUGCUGGGCAGAGCUGCUGUCGUCAUGAUGGUUUUCAAACCAGCAGAAUCACUUCAACAUCCCUCAUCCGGAUCCACAAACUAUGAUGUCAGAUCCUGUCCUGCUGCCAACUGAAUCCAUUUGGUCUGCUGGACCAGAAUAAUCAGGAAUCAUUUUUCACUUGCCCUGUCUUCAACUCCGAUGUUUUCUUCAUUCAUUUGUAAUGAUCCCUUACCUUGGAACGUAUGUUUAGAAUUUGUCCCCACCUUUUAAGAUAUGAGAGUAUCCGAUGUUGCUGUUCCAGCGCUCGCUCUUCCAUCUUCCUCUCAGUAUACUGUACAAGUGAUUAUUCUGCCAAACGGGCUUCAUGUGAGGCCAUAGGCAGCUACAGGGAGAAUCUGAACACAGAGUUAAGAACCGAAUGUCUUUACCUGAGAUAUGUUCCCCUCCUUUUCUGUUAAAGGAUAUGUUUAUACAUCGGUCUGUCUUAAUACAAUGCCCACAUUUCAUAAAAAAACAUUAUCAGAGUUAUCAGUCAUGUUAUUAUUUGUGUCUCCACUGAGAACUCCUGAAUCCACAGUCUGUGAAGUUUUACCACUACACCUGAUCCAUGAAAAGCAUUGAUUGACUUUCAAGAGAAUAAUAACAAUUGAGGAUAAUGAUAUUAAGCAAUGCGUAUAUAACAAACUACAAUUAAAUAAUGUUAAAGAAAGAGAAGCAAAAUACCUGAUGAUCUGGACAUUCUUCUUCUUGUGACACUUUAAUAGACCUUUCAUCUGGCUCUACAUCUCUUAGAAUGUGUGUGUGCUAGAAUUAUUUUUUAACUCCGACCCUUUGAGGAGAGAAGAAAUGAUCACAGGCCGAUAACAUCCACAGGUGAGUAUGUGAGUAUUGUAUUGGGACAGACCCUUUAAACAUGCAGUGAAAAUGACUCCUAUAAUAACAUAUUUCAAGUUUACAAAUAAGGCUAGUUGUCAGAAUGAGAUGUAAAGUAGUGUUUAGAUAAUCCUGAUUCUGUUGCCCUGGUAGUGAUUUUAUGAAUGGAAAGAAAUCCUCACUAAAUUAUAGUUGUACACCCCCGCCCCUACUCGGCAUUUAAUAUAAAAAUAGUUGUAGAAAUUUAAACCUGAUUUCACCCUUUUGUUUCUUGUUCUAUUUUUAACAUUGUCACCUUUCUCUGUCGCAGAAGAUUGUGUUCUGUUGCUGUUUGACCUGGUGUGUCUUAUUUCUACUUCGCCUUUUCUUUUUUUUUUUACCUGUAAUGAUUUCAAGCGUCAUGCUGUUGAGGCCAUCUGAAAGCUCAUGUGUAGGUUAGUUGUCCGACAUCGAACAUGUUUUUUUUUGUCUCCCUCUGCUAAAUCAGAGCACAUGUGUGUAAAGUGUGCAGGAGUUCAAAGCCAACACAUCGGGAUACAACUCCCCCUUACUCUUUUUUUAUCAGUGAAAACAUGUUGAGCUGAACUUUGACCUUUUUGCUGACCGUAAUAAAAUGUGAUUCAACUGAAGUCAAAGAUUUUGAAAACUGUUUGAAGAUACUGGUUAAGCCAGCACUGCACUAUUUACACACUGGAUGUCUUAAAUGGGAAUAACAGGAAUUUGUUUGAAUUGAAUGGGGAAAAGUCUUAAACACUUGGUAAUUACAUUUCUUAAGAUGUUGGUGUUGGUUAAAUAAAUACUGCAGUGUUUCCUCGA